CACGUGAAGACGCCCUAUGCGUUGUUCUUACACCAUUCGGGUUUUCCGACGCGCCAAAAUUUAGACGUUUCGCUCAAUAAAGCGCGUCGGUAUUUUGAAGAAUCCGGCACAACUUCUAUUGAGGCAGGAGAUCGUGGUGGACAGUCCAGAAAAAUGGAGGCAGUAUCACUAGCCGACAAGAUUCUUGGAAAUCGACGGGCGCUCCACAUGCCAGCAGUAUCACCUAGUCCUGAAGGAGGUGGACAAAAGGACUCACCACAUCGUGGCGAGCGCAUCCUGGUAAGUGCGCAUGAAAUGGCCUAUGGAUUCGGGUUGCGUGUGGCCGAAGCGUUUUUUCUUCUGGCGGAGGAAGCGAAAAAGGAGUCUAAGGUUAGCCAAAGUCUAGUGAGACACGCGGCUAUGCGUGUGGCACAAACGGUUGCCGGUGCCGCGGGGGUCGUCGG